AUGCCAGCUCUCGAGUCCUGUGGUCUGAGUAUUAGUUCGUACGACUACUUACGUGUUUUUUUCAUUUUUCCUCAGGAUUUAUCUGGAUCCAUUGACGACUUGCCUACUGGAACUGAAGCAACCCUGAGCUCAGCCGUUAGCGCGUCAGGCUCUACGAGCAGCCAAGGGGAGCAGAGCAACCCUGCACAGUCUCCGUUCUCCCCUCAUGCUUCUCCACAUCUCUCUGGCAUCCCUGGGGGCCCGUCACCUUCCCCUGUAGGCUCUCCCGUUGGAAGCAACCAGUCAAGAUCUGGUCCCAUUUCUCCAGCGAGUAUUCCAGGCAGUCAGAUGCCACCGCAGCCUCCUGGCAGCCAGUCAGAAUCCAGCUCCCACCCUGCCUUGAGCCAGUCACCAAUGCCACAGGACCGAGGUUUUAUGGCAGGCAUUCAGAGGAACCCCCAAAUGUCACAGUAUGGACCUCAGCAAACUGGACCUUCCAUGUCACCACACCCCUCACCUGGAGGCCAGGUGCAUCCUGGAAUCGGUAGCUUUCAGCAGAGUAAUUCAAGUGGUACUUAUGGGCCUCAGAUGAGCCAGUAUGGACCACAAGGAAACUACUCCAGACCACCAACGUACAGUGGCGUGCCCAACACAAGUUACAGUGGCCCAGGACCCGGCAUGGGUAUAAAUGCCAACAGUCAGAUGCAUGGACAGGGGCCAAGCCAGCCUUGCGGUACCAUGCCCCUGGGACGGAUGCCAUCAGCCGGGAUGCAGAGCAGACCGUUUCCUGGAAACAUGAGCAGUAUGACCCCCAAUUCUCCUGGCAUGUCUCAGCAGGGAGGCCCCGGGAUGGGCCCACCCAUGCCAACUGUGAACCGUAAGGCACAGGAGGCGGCUGCUGCAGUGAUGCAGGCUGCUGCAAACUCCGCUCAGAGCAGGCAAGGCAAUUUUCCUGCCAUGAAUCAGAGCGGUAUCAUGGGAUCCAGCUCCCCCUACACUCAGCCGAUGAACAACAGCUCUGGCUUGAUGAACCCGCAGGCUCCUCCUUACAGCAUGGCACCUAACAUGGUGAACAGUUCAACAGCACCUAUGGGUCUUGCAGAUAUGAUGACACCCGGUGAGUCCAAACUACCCCUUCCUCUCAAAGCAGAUGGCAAAGAAGAAGGACCCCCCCAACCCGAGAGCAAGUCAAAGGUAUUUACCACCUCCGCACGUGGUGUUGGUUCAGCCCGCAGAAGUCUGCUGUGUCGUCCUCCAUCUUCUGGUUUUGGCCUACCCACUUCUGUUCUUUCCUGCAUGCCUUUCCAUUCAC